AAAUCAAAGAAUCAAAAUAAUAAAUCAGAUCAAUAUUAGCGCGAGCAAGCAUUUGGUUGCUUUUUCAUUGCUCUUUACCGCUUUUUGUUGUUCGGUGUUCUGAUGAGUGCGAAUUACGGGAGUCUUAUAAUUGCUUCAUCUACGGGCCGCAAUCUUUUUUUGUACGGACUGCUUGCAUUGAGUGUGUUUUGCACAUUUUCUUGGCUUUAUUCCAAGUCUCGGAACUCCACUCUGCUUUCAUUUCUACGGCGCUAGAUCGCGUCCUGGUGUUUAUGCCAAGUCGGAUUUGAUAAAUCUACAGCACCAUGGAAAAAGAUGGGGAAAUGACAGCCCGGGAGGCUUUUCAGAACGGGGUCUACUUGGUUUGCUUCAGCAUUACGGUUUCUUUUUGGGCUUUGGAUACAAUUUACGAAAUGGAUAAAAUGGAAGAUUACCUGGACACAAGGCAUUUGCUUACGGAUCGAGUAUUGUUGGUAUUACAUCUCGGACAAGAUUGGAAAUCAGAGCGUGCUUCUGGCUUUUGCUUCUUUCUUCUUUUUUCCUUUUGACGAAGACAUGAGAAACGCUGCACAGCCCUGGGGGCGCAACGCAGGCCAAAAAAAAGAGAAAAUUUAUUUUACAGGGUCGCUAGCGGUCCUCCCUGACUUUGAGCUCCGCGUCAGGGUCGAGGUUAAUGAGACAAUUUUGCACCUCAC